UCUCAUUAGUUGUGUUAAAGAAAAAGCUAUGAGUGAAAACAAAGUGAUGAACACAAACCUAGAAAAUAUCAAAGAAGACCAUGAACAUGUUUAUGAUAGACACAAAGCAUUGAAGGCACUUGAUGAAUCAAAAGCAGGUGUAAAGGGACUUGUAGACAUUGGUGUAUCCAAAGUCCCUAAAAUAUUCAUCCAUGAAAAUAUUCAUGAACAUGAUAACAAACAUACCAUUUCCACUUCCACCAAUCUUAGUAUUCCACUCAUAGAUUUUGGACCUUUAUUUACCAACCCAACAAGCUCAAGUUUACGUCUUGAGAUUGUUGAGAAAGUAAAGUAUGCAAGUGAGAAAUGGGGGUUCUUUCAAGUGGUCAAUCAUGGGAUUCCAAACAAUGUUUUGGAUGAUAUGCUUGAUGGAGUGCUUAGGUUUCAUGAACAAGAAAGUGAAAUGAAGAAAGAGUUUUAUUCUCGUGAUAUUAAUACUAAAAAGGUAAAUUAUAAUACUAAUUUUUUUGAUUUGUUUGUUACUCCAGCUGUUGAUUGGAGAGAUACUCUUUCUUGUAUUGUGGCUCCUCAACCUCUUGAUCCUCAAGAACUACCGACAGUUUGCAGAGAUAUAAUAAUGGAGUACUCUGAGCAUGUUAAGAAAGUGGGAAGAAUUCUAUUUGAAUUGUUUUCUGAAGCGUUAGGCCUCAAUUCAAGUUAUCUUGAGGAAAUUGAUUGUGCAAAAGGACUUUUUCUACUUUGCCAUUAUUCUCCACCUUGUCCUGAGCCAGAAUUAACUUUUGGCAGCAGUGCUCAUUCUGAUAGUAGCUUCCUCACAGUUCUUUUACAAGAUCAAAUUGGUGGCCUCCAAGUUUUCCAUGAAAAUCAGUGGGUUGAUGUCACACCGAUUCAUGGUUCUUUGGUCGUUAACCUAGGCGAUAUGAUGCAGUUAAUUACAAAUGAUAAGUUUCUUAGCGUUAAACACAGAGCUCUAGCAACAAAAAUUGGUCCAAGAGUUUCAGUAGCAUGCUUUUUCAGGCAGCAUCUCCCACCAGAGAAUUCAAAAGUAUAUGGACCUAUAAGUGAUUUAUUGACACUAGAGAAUCCUCCGGUUUACAAGGAAACAUCCGUGAAAAACUUAAUUUCACAUUACUAUGGAAAAGGGCUAGAUGGUACUUCUGCACUAGAUCACGUGAAGUUGUAACCCAGGAGGAAUCAACAGUAAAUUUACUUCAAAUGUGUAAGAGUGAGAGUUUUAACAUGUCUUCUUGGUAAAAACUCCAAUCUUGAUUUUAUGAAUCUAAGGCUAAGUUAAGAGGUCGAUUUGUUAUGAUUUGGCAUGUUGUGGUGUGGGUCAUUUGGUCUGUUUGUAAUGAUAAGUUUUUUUUUCUUUUGAUUCAUCAACAAAUAUGAAAGAGGUGGAAGAUAAGACUAUGUUAUAGUUUGAAAUCGGUUUUUUAACAAGUCAUCAUUGAAAUCAUCAUCUUUCUCUGAUUGACUUCAGAACCCUAUCAUGCGUAUGAAUCAAUAGCAGUUCAAGAAUUCUGACAUAUUCUAGAGGCGUUUAGUGGAUUUUUGGUGUUGCUUGUGGUUUCUAGUAUGAUGAUAGUGGGUCUGAUGGUCUGAGUUCUAGCUAGGUUCUCGUUGGGCGGUGCUUCACAGAGUGGGUGCUCUAUGGGCUUUUUCAGUCCUUGUUUUUGUGUUUCUUGUAUUUGUUGUUGGUUAUGUUUUUCUUUGGUCCUGUUUGUCUGAUUUUAUGA